AUGUCGGCACUGUCCACCUCGCCCUGCCUCACCUCAGCGCUCCCACACAGCCCAGCCCCCGCGCCGCCAUUAGCACGGGGCAGCGGCCGUCCCCGCCGCAAACCUCGCGAGAGGCAGGCGAGGCGGCGCCACCGCCGCCAUCUUUGGCGAGGGCAGGCCGGCACGGCAGCGCCGGCGGCCGCGGGUCCCGCCGUCGUCUGCACACCUCAGAGGUUCUCUGUCCUGCUGUGGCCCCAGCGCUGCCCCGCUCUCGGCAGGACCCUGCCCUCCCCUCCAAACACGGGCAGACACGAAGCUGUUGUUUUCCAGGAAAAGGUCCAUCUUUUCCCCUCAGUGCGCGAGGCCAUCGGCUGUGGCACUGCCCUCAAUAGCCCUGGGCAGGCUGGGGAGUACUGCCACGGCUGGACUGACAGCCUGCAGCGCUGGCACCGCGGCUUCCAGUGCCCCGAGCGCUACGAUGGCCCGGAGGCCACUCUGUGCUGUGGGACCUGCAGCUUGCGCUACUGCUGCUCGUCCCGAGAGGCCCGCCUGGACCAGGGCCGGUGCCCCAGUGACCAGCAGCAGCCCAGCCCCAGGCCUCCAGUGCCAGUGCCUGUGUACCUGCCAUUCCUCCUUGUUGGGUCUAUAUUUGUGGCGUUUGUUGUUGGCGGUGCCUGUGUUGGAAUUUGCUGCUGCAAAUGCUUAAAAUCCCAGGAUGAGGUACAGCCAAGUGGACUUGCACCUGGCCAGACCUGGCUACUAGAACCUGAGCUUCCUUCUCGCCUCUCCAGUUCCAGUUCUGCUACCAGAAGCUCCCUGAGUAGUGCUCCUCAGACCAGCAACAUCUGCAUGACUCUAGCUCCAUCGCUUCCUAUCAUCGGGUUAGCUGAAGACAGCCGGUUCUUAAGUCCUCUACCUCCCAGCGGACAACUCCUCCACCCUUCACACACUAACCACAGAAUCCCAACUGAUCACACUGCAAUCAUGGCUCCAGCAUCUUUCCUUAAAAGAACAAUUUACGGACACAGUGCUAACGCCUCCCCUCUUGGGUUAACGCAGGGUGACCAAAUGAUGUACUCCCAAGGCCACGUCUGA